AUGGCAGAUAUUGCAAAACCAACCUCUGCGACCAAAGCAGAGGAUGGAGCUAAAAAAGAGGUUCAAUCGAGACCAGUCAAGCCAGAUGAAGCAGUUUUCAAAGCAAAAUUAGCCCAGGCUGAGAAAGAUCACAAGCAAAGUGUGGAAAAAGCUGCUGCCGCAAAAGCAAAGUUGGAUGUUGCGCAACCAAACAAGAAUAAGGAUUCCCCAGCUGCGAAGCAUAGAAGUAAUUUGAUCAGCCAGUUGAAGGAGAUUAAGGAACAACAAGGUGCUGGAAAAGCCGGUCGUCUACAAGUCUUUGACCAAAUCAAGAAGCUUGAUGAGCAAAUUAAGGCCAAGGUUAAUGAGCAAAAGGUUGCCAAGGGAAAGGUUGGAUUCAAGAAUGUAGAUGAGCUAGACCGGGAGAUCGACAGAUUACAGAAGCAAGUUGAUGCUGCUACUAUGAAAAUUGUUGAUGAGCGCAAGACACUUACCGAAAUCUCCAACCUUCGUAAGCAACGCAAGGGAUUCGCUGGAUUUGACGAUACCGAGAAGUCAAUUGAGGCCUUGAAAGCCAAGAGAAAGACUCUCCAGGAUUCGCUUGAUGACCCAGAAAGCAAGGCAUUAUCCGAAAAAUACUCGAAGCUUCAAGGUGAAUUGGAUGUUUUGAAGGCUGAGCAAGACGAUGCUUUCAAGAACUUUGGAGCUCUCAAGGCCGAGAAGGAUAGACUCCAAGCCGAGCAACAGGAAAAAUGGAAUGCCCUUAAACAAAUCAAGGAUGAGCAUUACCAGGCUGUCAGAGCAGCUAACAGUUAUGAUUUCAACCAACGUCAAAAGGCUCGUGAGAGACAAAAGGCUGAGUAUGAGAAGCAACAAAAUGAGCGCAAGAAGGAACGUGCCCAAAAGAUGCUCGAGGAGGCUAGUGACCCUGCCUACCUUGACGAAAUCAGGAAUGCCGAAUCUGUUCUCCGAUACCUUGACCCAACCUUCACCACAACCAAGGCACCAUUACAAGCUCCUUCUGGACUUGAGGCUGCUGCUGGACGUACCGUUGAUGAUUCCGGACUCAAGGGAACCAGAGUCUUGAAGAAGGAAGACCGUGAGGAAGAUUUCAUGAAGGGAACUGGAGGCAAGAAGGGAAAGAAGGGCAAUAAGAGAAAUGCUGCAGCUGCUUCUACCCCAGCUUCAGCGAAAUACAGUUGCCCCCCAGCUGUUAUGGAAGAUCUCGCCAAGAUGGGAAUUGACCCACCAUUCAGCGCAGCUGAUGUCCCAGCUGUUACCGAAAAGGUCAAGGCCAAGUUGGCUCACUGGAAGGAGGACCAAGCUGCUCAAACCAAGCGUAACAUCGAGAAAGCUCAAAAGGAAGUCGAGAGACUUGACGCUGAAGAAUCAGGAACUGCCACACCAGCCUCAGAAAUUCCAGCCACCAAUGGACAUGGCCAUGGCGAAACUAAGGCUACCGCUGGUGCUGACGAGGGUGGAUCCGUCGCAAACGAAGUCGAGUUAAUCAAAGAGGGUGAAAAGGAUGCAGCAGCUGAUUUGAGUGGUGCCGCCAAAGAGGAUGCAGAGGAAUCUUAG